UGAUUUAUUUUCGCUGGACAUGUGUUCUAAAUAAAUUGAUUGAUGUGGAAAAGAUAAGAGAUAGCAAAUAUAAGUGACAUCUUAUCUUAUCUCAUUGGUUGUGCUGAUAACGAAAAGAAUACGUAUUUUCACCCAGAAGACGCUUGACAGUGCAGAUCGCAAUAAAUUGCAAUCUAUUUGAAUUAUCGGAAUAUUACAUCGAGACACUAUGGAGAGGCAUGCUUAAGUGUCGCAUUUUUUUAUGAGGAAGUAAGCAAUUGUGCAAGAAGGAUGGCCUCCCUCCACCAGAGGCGUCCCAGCAUAAGUAACUGGUUCUCCUCGCUUCGUCGGCAGCCCAAAAACAAGAAGUGCUCAUCCGGUUUGGGAGGCAGAGACAAUGUUGGCAAAAAGCCGGCGUUGCAAAGGAGCUGCUUUGACCUAUCCGCGACGCCGGUGGGUUGCGAUGAUCGUUUAAGGGUGAAGUUCCCUGAAAGUCGGCGAAGCAACAGCACUUUUUACAUCAACACCGGAAAUGUAUCUUCUGCUUGUUUUAAAGACAAUCGUAAACUUCUAGUGGAAAGGGACAGUCGUAGUGAUAGUAGCCCUAGCAGCAUUUGCGUUCGCUGCUCUUGCAAUUUAAUCACAAAAAGCGGAGACGGAAUAGAAACAUAUCCUAUAACCACGCCUAAGUCGGACAUUAAGAUCGCGCUGAAACCACCACCCAAGCCCCGUUCCCCUUCCAUUGCUCCAUACACUAGUGUAGCCACAUAUAACAUCACAAAAUUAGCGCCGGAUAGCCCACCUCCCGCAAGCCCAACAUUAAGCACUCAAACCGUAAAUUGCAGCAAUGUUACCUCGAAGGUCACCGAGGUGCAGCACCUGCCCUGCGAUGAACCUAACACGGAACUCAUUAGCAGGCGGACGGAGUACAAGAACACAACCAUCACAACGACAACAAGAACCUUAAUUGUGACGCGACCCAUCGAAGUGCUAUUAAAUGAAAAUGGUGAAAUAAUCGCACGGCGAUCUCCGGACAAAACGCGCUCUAAUUUCCUAGGCCGCAUGCUAGACGUGAAUAAUGAAAUUGAAACUGGCGUCAACCCUCCCGAGUUGUUUCUGAAAAAUUAUCCUUGUUCGAAACACAGUUCACCCCUAACACCCGAUACCUGCGAUAUGCGCUUCAUUGACGACAGCUCCAACUUGCAAAGUGAGUCCGAGCGGAACUCUAUUAUAUACAAAACCAACAAAUAUAAUUCAAAGAAUAAAAACAAUAACCGCAAGCGGGACAGUCUGCAAUCGAAUCUGUGCGAGAGUUGCCACAUGCUUCUUGAGCAAAAUUGCAUAAAUACUGAACGGAGUCACAACCUAGUCAACCUUAGGCGACCAUCAAAGCAAAUAAAAGAUGAGUUGUGCGAGGUUGUAUCGGAAAUGGAGGCGCUGGAUGUGCCCGAUGACUGCAAGCAUUCCAAUAAGGAUAAACAGAUGUCCAUUGGGCGUAAAAAGUUUAACAUGGACCCCAAAAAAGGCAUUGAGUACCUCGUUGAAAACCGGCUGCUACGUCAUGAUCCCCAGGACGUUGCCCACUUUCUCUAUAAGGGAGAGGGACUGAAUAAAACAGCCAUUGGCGAUUACCUCGGCGAAAAAAACGAUUUUAAUGAGGAUGUGCUCAAGGCUUUUGUAGCGCUCCACGAUUUCACCAAUCUCAUUCUCGUACAAGCCCUUAGACAAUUUUUGUGGUCUUUUCGGUUGCCCGGCGAGGCACAAAAGAUCGAUCGCAUGAUGGAGACCUUCGCGCAGCGCUAUUGUCAACUAAAUCCCGAUAUAUUCACUAACACAGAUACUUGCUAUGUGCUCAGCUUCGCAAUUAUAAUGCUAAACACCUCACUGCACAAUCCAUCUGUUAAGGACAAACCCACCGUUGAUCAAUUUAUAUCUAUGAAUCGUGGCAUCAACAACGGCGGAGAUUUGCCCCGCGGCCUUCUCGAAUCUCUUUACGAGUCGAUUCGAACGGAGCCAUUUAAAAUACCCCAGGAUGAUGGCAAUGAUUUGAUGCACACCUUCUUCAAUCCCGACAAGGAGGGCUGGCUGUGGAAGCAAGGCGGCAGAUACAAAUCGUGGAAACGACGUUGGUUUAUUUUGAACGACAAUUGCUUAUACUAUUUUGAAUACACAACGGAUAAGGAGCCACGCGGUAUUAUACCUCUAGAGAACAUAUCAGUACGCGAGAUUCACGAUCGCAGCAAACCGCACUGCUUUGAGCUGUUUGCGACGGGCGGUGCUGAUAUAAUCAAGGCAUGCAAGACUGACUCUGAGGGCAAAGUUGUAGAGGGCAAGCAUACGGUGUACCGUAUGUCCGCUGCCACAGAGGAAGAUCAACAGGAGUGGAUCAAGCGUUUAACGCAGUCUAUUAGUCAUAAUCCGUUUUAUGACAUUCUGGUACAAAGAAAAAAAAAGGCACUCAGCAAGAGUUAAUAUUAAAAAGAAGCUUUGCGAAGCUUUUGUCUUGGAUCUCAGUAAAACGCUGGUACUCGCGUGCGUUGCUCUUUACCCCUAUUUAAACAACUGCAUAUGCAUAUACCAAUUAUAUACGUUGUGUUGUGAGAGUAUUUCCAUGUUGAACUAAUGCUUGUAAUUGUUUUACCUUCCGCAUUGGUCCGAUCCCAAAUAAUGUCUUUGUAUUUUGUUUGAUUGACUCGAAACAAGCCAUCACACGCCGACGCACUUUUUCUCUAUUGUUGUGAUAUAACUUAUUAAAAUUUAGAAUAACCAAAAUUAAAAUAAUUGAAAAUUGCAUAAAGUAGAAAUACACAUUUAUUCACAUUUUCUUUAGUGCAAAUUAUAGUUUAGGUUCAUCAUAGACAUAAGUCUUCGAAUAUGGUUUGAACUUUUAUAACAUAAGUUGUCCCACAACCCUUUAUUAUUAAAAAACAUAUCCCAGCCGCCAAACAGUGUA